UACACUACAAGCUAGCUUUUAAAACCCAUGAUCCCGAAAUGGAAACUUCUUUUUCAUCUUCUCUGCUCUCUUUCCCUUCAAGAAUCAAGAUCCACCCCACCUGCUAUUUGCUCUCCCCACAAACUAAACCGCUUUGGAGAAGAAAGAUGGGUCGUGGGAAGAUCGAGAUCAAGAGGAUCGAGAACCAGACGAACCGGCAGGUCACCUACUCCAAACGACGGAAUGGUAUUAUGAAGAAAGCUCAGGAGCUCACCGUCCUUUGUGAUGCUAAGGUCUCCCUCAUCAUGCUCUCUAGCAAUGACAAGCUCCACGAGUACACUAGCCCCACCACAACAACAAAGAACAUCUAUGAUCUGUACCAAAAGAGUAAGGACACUGACCUGUGGAGCUCCCACUUUGAGAGGAUGCUAGAAGAGCUGAAGAAGCAGAAGGAUAUUAACCAUAGAUUGAACAGAGAGAUAAGGCAGAGGCUGGGUCAGGAUCUGAACGGUGUCAGCUUCGAAGAACUGCGUCGUCUUGAGCUUAAGGUGUUUGCUUCCAAGGAAGUCAUUCGCGCCCGAAAGGACCACGUGAUCAAAACUUCGACUGAAACCUUCAGGAAAAAGAUUAAGAACUUGGAGCAAAGACACAACGGUCUCCUGCUCGAUCUUAGAGCAAAAUGUGAGGAUCCACACUAUGGGUUGGUGGACAAUGGAGGAGAUCACGUGUAUGAAUCCGAAAUGGCCUUAGCAAAUGGUGCUUCCAACCUGUAUGCAUUCCGCCAUCUGAAUCUCCAUGAUGGGGGAUUUGGAUCCAAGGAUCUGCGCCUCGCUUGAUCAGGGGCGUUAGGAGAUGAUCGAUCUGUCACAUCUCCUUCUUCAGACGCACGCUAUCUAAUUAAUAUUGAACUCAUGAUAUGCAGUAUCACUAUGUAUGUAAAACUUGGACUUAAUUGGAGUACUCCAGUACGUAUGGACACAUGCAUGUAUGCAUGUUUGCUAACAAGUAUUGCCUAUUUGCCUCAAACUAUAAUGCAUGGCUUUCUCUUUCACAACUUAUUAUUAUAUAUGUAAACUUUGUGUC